GUCACGUUGACAGGUCCCGCUCUCUUUGUUAGCACAUGGACGAGUCAGUGUACGCUCGCCUUGCUCGCGUGACUCGGUACAGCGUUCAUUUCCUUAUAUAGCAAAACGGAGCACCGGUGAAAGAAACUCGCAUUAUCAUGAGCGCGAUUAUUACCCAGGAAGCUUAUGAUGAGGAGAUCAGAGAGUUAAUGGAGGGCCUCGGUUUGACCGAAGAGGAGGCGAUCGAAGACGCUAUCAAGUGCUUCGAAAUGAAGGGGAUAAAUCUGAGCAACAUCGUCACAGAUUCAGUACUUGAUAACAAAUAUAAGCAGAUAGUAACGUGCCUGGAACGACUAACGUGCGCUGUGAACGACAAGAGUUACGAAGGAGUAUUGGAGACUUUGCAAGAACUGCGAAUCGAAUUGGAUAAAGACAUUGCACACAGGGUUUUUGCGGGCAAACGCAAAUGUUACAAUAUUCUGAUCGAGCUCCUGAAAGAUUGCCAGAAGAAUCAUGCGAUAUUGAAAUCGACGCUGGAAACAAUUACCUCAUUAAUGUCCGGUUAUCCGGAUUUGUUGGAUGACGAAGGAAUUGCGCUGCAGAUAGAGAUUUUAGAGAGGCAAUACGACACGACAACUUUACAAUGCCUGCUGCGUUGGAUACGAGAGUGCUGCAUAAAGCAUGAAUUAAAUAGGCAAAAGAUUUUUGAUACAAAUAUCUUUGAAAAACUCAAGAAGAUAUUGGUACGCACGGAUGUGAAUGCGCAAGAGAUCAAAGAUGCAUGUUCGGUAAUUAGAGCUUUGGUCCUGGACGAUGAUAUUAGGCACGAGUAUGGAAAAGCACACGAACAUGCAUCUGUUAUGGCAAAGGGUGCUCUGGAUAUCAUCACAGGAUUGUUAAACAGAUUUAAAAAAGACACGAAGGUUAUAGGCGAUCUAAUGAUCACAUUGGCUGCAUUGGUUGUACGAAAUGAAUUUUGUCAAGAAGUAGAGGAUGCCGGUGGAUUGAAAUUUAUUUUGGAUAUAAUGACUGAAUAUCCAGAUUCCGAAAAAUUGAAUUGGCAAGCUUUGAAGUUACUCAAAGCUCUUGCUGGCAAUGACAACGUGAAGUCUCAUAUCAUCACUUCCGGAAGUGCCCCUUUAAUCGUAUCCUCUAUCAGUAGAAUGAAAAGAUCGGAGAACGUCGUAACUGCGGGAUUGAGUUGCAUAUCGGCAUUAUCUUUACGAAGUACUUCAAACUCUGGUGUGUUCUACGAUUGCGGUGCGGCUCAAGUGAUCGUGGAUGCUAUGAAGGCUUAUCCUAAUAAUGUAAACAUUUUAAAGCAAGCCUCUUGGGCAAUUAGAAACAUGUCAGUGCGAAACAAAUCAGAAUCUAAAGAGUUCCUGAUGUACGGCGUUGAAGAAGUGCUACGAAAUGCGGUACGUUUACACGGUCCCAAAUUAGAAGAUAACGUGAAAGCCGCGUUAAGAGAUCUGGGUUUAAAGGUAGAUUUAAAAGAAAGGUGGACAGGGAAGGGCGUCAGUCUGAGCAAUGAACAUUAUUAAUCAAUGUCGAUGGCAUUGUCAAAAAUAUAGUAUUUAGAUUAUUUACUACAAGUACAUUAAUCCAGUUUGGAUCUUGUACCUCGCUUUGUCUCACCUCGCACUCCUAUGCGUCAUUUAAUAAGAAUCUUAGUUAACGUAAAUAAUGAGAUAUUUUUGUGCUCAAUGUAAGAAAGAUAAAAUAUGGAUUUUGUAAAAUUAUCAAAUUAUUUAAUAUAUUUCUAAGCAACAUUGCAUAAAAUUUCAGCUUAGCUGAUUAGAGUUAAUUUAGAACAAAAUGUUUUUAUUUUGAAUUUUAAUAUUUAAUAAUUUAUCAUUAUUUGUGAUAAAAAUUUGUCAUGCAUUAUAUAGGAUAUUUAAGAAUUUUCAAUAGUGCCUGAAAUUUAUAAUAUAAACUUAAAAGUUCAUGUACUUUUAACACUGCCAGUAAUUGUAUUACAUAUUUUUAUCUGGUUAGUGAAGAGCUAAGUAUCCAUAUUUCAUACAGCCAUUUUCAGAUGCCGUUUCAAACAAAUAAAUAUACAAAGCUUAUACUUGGCUUAAUUAUUGGUAAAUAUCGAAAAUUAUUUGAUUCGACGAAAUUAUUUUUAUGUUAAUAAUUUUUAGUUAUAACAAACAAAUUAUUAUAUUGUAUUUGGAAUUUUGAUAAUAGAAACAGGCAAUUACUAAUUAAAAUAAACAAUUAAAACUGUUGGUGCAAUCGGGUACUUAACUAAUCAAGCUUGCCAAACUUAAAAAAGACAUAGACUAACGAUUGACUAAAAUAAUGAUGGUAUUUAUGUAUAAUUAAAUAUAUCGAUUGUUUUUUAUAAAUUGUUUUUAUACACAGCGAGAAAUUUUACAUUAUUGUAACAGAAUGUGUAACAAGGAAUAAAAGCUAAUUUUGAAUUAUAACUUCUUAGACAAGA